UGAGCACAGCUGGCCAGACUGCCUGUGGACUGUUAUACCAAACCCUGAGCUGUUUUUCACAAACUGUACAUUUCUAAAAGAACUCUGUUAAUCCCCUGUAAUAUGUCUGCAGUUUCUGGUCAUCUCCAGUAGUGUUUCUGCUGUCAUCUCCUGUACUAUGUCUGUAGUCUCUGGUCAUCUCCUGUACUAUGUCCGCAGUCUCUGGUCAUCUCCUGUACUGUGUCCGCAGUCUCUGGUCAUCUCCUGUACUAUGUCUGUAGUCUCUGGUCAUCUCCUGUACUAUGUCUGUAGUCUCUGGUCAUCUCCUGUACUAUGUCUGUAGUC